AUGGCGCGUAGCAGAGCGCGCUCAGACGACGAUGAACCUGACGUCAUGGACGUCGGCAGCAUCAGCUCAGGAGUGACAGACGUCACGCUGGCGGCCACGGCUGCCGCAGUGGAGGUCAGUGCUAGUGGAGUUGGGUUUGCGCGGUUGCCUGAAGCUUUGCAGGGGAACGUUCCUGCUGCUACAGGCGUCGACCGUGGGCAUGCCGCACACGAGCGGGACGUUGCUGCAGCCCACGAGCUUGACGGUGAGAGCCGGCACGGUGCUCCCCGACAAGAUGUUGUAGCUGCUCAGCGAAAUUUGACAGAAUCAGCUUGUUCUUGA